AAAUAACGUGUUUUCUCGGUGUGUUUUUGUGUGUGUUUGAAGGAGUUCGGCAAGCCCAGUGGCUCACCAAGACGAAGCGGGUGGAAGGCUUGCCUCCACCGGUGCUAAGCAUCAUUAACAACCCUGCUCACCAGCUCGAGGACCACGAGGAGAGGGUGAAACACGCAAUCUCGCAUGCACGGCUCUGGGACACAACAGAAGUUGCUCCCAAGAGAGAACAGUAUUGCCCAGUACUCUUUGAAGACUUGAUACAUUUAUGUCGGUUAAUGUGCAUGAAGUAUCCUGCUCUGGCUAAGAGAAUGUUGGCUAGAAACUACAAGAUAUCCGCUGCAUGGGAAAGAGAAUCCAUUCUCCUUCAGGUCCGUGGCCUGAAUGGAAUACUUAUGAACUCAAUGGCCCCAAUACCACCAGUAGCUUCCGAGGAAGAGAUACUGGCCACUGAAGAACACGUUCUUGAGACCUUCUAUCCCAUCUCUCCUACAAUUGAUCUUCAGGAAGUGAAGGUGUACAGAGAGCUGAAUGAUACAGGUUUCAGAGAUGGUUAUCCGUACUCUCAUCCUCACACUCUGUUCUUCCUGGAAUCGGCCAACAUUCGUCCUGACAGGUUCAGACCAGAACAGCUUCGUGCUAAAAUGCUGAUGUUUGCUUUUGGCAACGCGCUGGCAAAGGCAAAGGUGCUGUACGGGAAUGAACCCAAGGUUUUGGAGCAGCCAGUAGUGGUGCAAAGCAUUGGCACAGACGGCCAGCUCUUCCAGUUCAUGGUGUUCCAGUUAAAUACAACAGACCUUGUCUCUAGCGAUGGCAUAAAGAAUCUAGUCUGGAUUGAUUCUGAUCAGAAACUGUACGAAAGAGCCCAGUGUGUUCCAGAAGUCAAGAAGAGAGUUGUUACGAAGCCCACUGGAAUAUAUGGCUUUCAGCCAGACACAUUCAAGAAGUUUCUGGCACUGUAUCUGCAUGGGACUGUGUGAAAUUUCAGCUCAGAUGAAAAUACUUCCCCAACUGUACCUGCUGCUUCUCUUUGCCAGAACCAUCCUAUAAUUAAAGAAAGGUGGAUUAAUUUACUUGAAAAAAUAAAUUAUAUUGUUACU